UUUUGAACUGUUAAGCCGGUCGGUUGGUGGUCGGCGAUAAAAUAAGAGUUUAGCAACCAUAUACGUCAUUAACCGUUAGCAAGACGUUCAAAUGAAAAAAGCGCGCGCUGCAAAUUUGUUUUAUUGCAGCAUUGUUAAUUUUUUUUUUUUAGUUUAACCAGCUUUGUUAAAUAAAAACCACAACAACAGCAAAAAAGUUCAAGCCACAAAAUGAAUGAAUGAAUUUCCAGAUGAGCUACGUAUGCGAUUGAAAUAAUAGAAGUAACGAAACAGAAAACAAUAAUAAUAACGCGAAAAGUCAUAAAGAAAGAUCGUUGACAACUUAUUGGGGUGACGGGUAUAUCGGACACGAUGCUACCGCAGCAGUAUUGCCUGCGCUGGAAGUAUCAUCACAGCAAUCUGCAGACCAUGUUCUCGCAGUUGUUGGACAGGGGAUGCUUCUGUGAUGUGACCCUGGCUUGUGAGGGUCAACUGAUACGAGCCCAUCGCGUUGUGUUGUGCGCCUGCAGCACAUUCUUUGACUCUGUACUCUCCAACUAUGCCAGCGAACGGGAUCCGAUAAUUAUUAUGAAGGAUGUGACCUUUGCUGAGGUCAAGUGCCUCAUUGAGUUCAUGUACAAGGGCGAGAUCAACGUGGAGCACGCCAGUCUACCCUCGCUGCUGAAGACCGCCGAUGAUCUCAAAAUCAAGGGUUUGGCCGAGGUCACUUGGCGUGAUGAUGAUGAUGGACCGCCGCCUCCGAUGCCAGCUGCAGAGUUUUAUUCACCGCCACGCAGUCUGACCGAGAGCUAUGCCCAGGACAUGCUCCAUCAGCAGACGCCGCCGCAGCUGCAGACGCACCAUAAAUCCGAGCGUGAACGUGAUCAUAAUUCGCCAACGGCAAUGGAUAACGUUCUUGGUCUAAAUGCCGCCGCUCGAAUGCCCGCAUUGACGCCUCUACCUAGUGCCAGCGCCCAUCUGGAGUGUGCUGCUCCAGUCGAUCCAUAUAUGGGACCCAAACGUAAGCGUGGUCGUCCUCCAUUGGAUGACACUUACGAUGUGUUCAAUGUUCGCAAACUGGCACAAUAUGCGGCAAAUUUGGAGCCGGCACAGCGUGCUUACUUGGAGUCAGGACGCUCCUUUGUCGAGGAGCCGCAGCCCGUUGUACAUUCCGCCUCUUUGGCCUCGCCGCCAGCCGCCUGUCCACCCAAGCAGCGUCAGCGACUGCGUCAGCAACAGCAACAACAGCAACAACAACAGCAGCAGCAACAACAACAACAGCAGCAACAACAAGCGACGUCACCACAAUCAGAGUCUGUUGAGCGCGAAGAGUCCACACAGGAUUGGCACCAUGGGGCAGAGGAGAGACGUGGCCAGGCUAACAUGUCACCCAAGUUGGGGGAACUGGACCUCAAGCCGGAGCUGGAAAUGAGCAACGAUGGCACAACGGACCAGGCAAGCAUGCCACUGUGCAAUGCCUCCAUAAAAUCGGAGAAGACGACGGAGCGACGCGAGCGUCAUGGUAAGCUGCGGCACGCCACACGCCGAUUGUACAAUGAGCGUGAAAAGUCUGCGGAUAAGACAGCUCGCACGCCGCGCACCUCGACGUCAGUGAGUGAGGGUCAGGAGGCGGAACAGGAGCCAGAGUCAGAGGAGCAGGAGGAGACAGCGUCUGGUGCGCUGCCGCAGACCGUGGAGGAGAUUGAGAAUGAGCAUCUGGUGGCCAACCGGGGCGAGUCACCGGCCGGAGCAGCACGCUCUGCAGCAUUAUUGUCGGCCAGCUUUGGUGGAAAGUAUACGCACACGGAAGCCACUGGAGCCACUGCAGCCACUGGUUAUUUGAUCAAUGAUCAUGGCAUGCUGAUGGCCCAUGACUUUGCGCCCACUGUGGCAGCUGCUGCGGCUGCCGCGGCCGCUGCUGCUGUGGCCAAUGCCAAAGCCAAUGGCAAUGGCAAUGGCAAUGGCAAUGGAACUGUCAGCAAUCAGACAACAAACUCUGGCAGUGAACAUGCCAAUGCCACGCUGGACUAUGCCGAGGUGAAGCUUGAGGAUUACGAUGCAGCCGAACUGCGGCUGACCAACGAAGAGCUAACCCAGUGGCAGGAUGUUAUCAAAAUGGAUGAUUAUUUGGCCAAAGGCCGACGUCCACAGUUCUGGGAGGAGCCAUUCACAAAGCGCGUGCUCGAUGCCAUCAAGAAUAAAAGACUCGAAAUGAAGAAAGCGGCACGCAUUUUGGGCGUCUCAUAUGGCACACUUUAUGGUCGCUAUCGUGAGGUUUAUGGUUGCCUAAAGCAUCCCUAUAGUGGCACCAGCUUUCGUAAUUCAGUUGCCGUUUCCGCCUCCAACGCAGCCAGUCAGUUGGCCGUGCAGCCGCGAUUUGAUCUGGGAUUCCGUAGUAGCAACGUGCUACCCACAGCAUUAGAACUGGGUAAGCUGCGACAUAAGGACCUGAGCGAACUCUGGACACGCCCGCAGAUAUGAAAACCAACAAAAAAAUAUUUACAAAAUCUCAAACUUUGCCCAUGAUGAAUCUAGGCGAGCGUCUAAGCAUACGUUUUAAACAAAAAAAAAAAAAAAAAAAAACAACAAUUUAUAGAUUAGAUUAUUUAUGGCACUUGCCCUGGAUUGGCGAGGACUCGAAGAAAAGACAGUUUAGCUACUUAAGUUAAGCGCGAGGCUAGUUUAAGAUGUUUAUGAUCAAUGAUCGACGAUCCAAAAACCUUUUCAUGAACAAACAAAACAAAAAAUAAGAAA